CUGUCUCUUACAAAAUCACCCCCUGUAAACGGAGCCUGGAGAGACAGGAGGAGCUCUCUAUAAUUACUAUAAAGAACGUAAUAUCGGUCAUCUCUGACGCUGAAUUACCCUCCUACUACCUCACCCCGCAGUUUUCACUGUUUAGUCUAAGACGCCUAUCGUUACUUUACGGCAUAUUCUCAAUCACAAUGGCUUCUUUCCUCAUUACCGGUGCCUCGAGAGGAUUCGGUCUAGCACUUGCCCGCGAGCUUGUUUCUCUCCCUGACACAGACGUUAGCAAGGUCUUCGCGUCAGCGCGGGGAGAUUCCCCCGACUUAGAUGAGCUUGCGAAGAGCUCUUCUGGUCGGGUUGUCGUUGUCAAGCUUGACGUAACCCACCCAGAGUCCAUCAAGCUAGCAGCAGCCGAAGUCGAUGCGAAACUAGAUGGCAAGGGGCUGGACGUUUUGAUCAACAAUGCUGGCGUCUGCCAAUAUGCUGCUGACGGAGUGAAGUCUAUGGAUAAUCUCGAGGAAAGCUUUGCCAUCAAUGUCCUCGGCGUCCACUGGGUGACCCAAGCUUUCCUUCCACUUCUACGGAAGGGCAGCCUCAAAAAGGUUGCUAAUAUCUCUACCACCCUCGGCUCUACUACUCUAGCUCCUGCAGCCCAUUACCUCCCCGCCCCAGCCUACAAGAUAUCGAAAGCGGCAAUGAAUGCCCUCACCGUCCAAUACGCUCUCGACCAUGAAAAAGAAGGAUUUAGCUUCAUCGCCCUGUGCCCUGGCUGGAUGAAAACCGAUCUCGGUGGUGGCAACAUGGCCGACUUGACAGCCGAGCAAGGUGCAAAGGCUUCGUUGGAUAUUAUCUUUACACCAGGGCAGAAGUACAAUGGGCUGAUGCCAAAGGUUCUGGUUAAGGGUUGGGAGAAGAAUGCAGGAAAUAACCAGUACGAUGGAGCUAUUGCUCCGUGGUAAUGACUAUACUAGCUAGCCUCUAUAUCUACCCUUUUAAUAGUGAUUUCAUUGCUUUGGCGCGC